AUGGCGACAGACUCGAUGUAUUUAGAAAAUUUAGAGGAAUAUGUCAAUGACGAGGGGAAAAUAGUCACAUACAAAUGGCUCAGCCUGAAUCUGCAUGUCCAUGUGAAUGAAGCAAAACAAAUGCUGUACACAUUUGUGGAGAAGCAAAGAGAGAAGAAAGAAGAAGUGACUGCUACUUAUUUUGUGUCAGGUCUCUCAAAACCCAAUGAUGGAUGCCAGGUGUACACUUGUACUGUUAUACCAGAAGAAGAGCUCGAGUCAUAUAAAAACUCGCUAUCCACUGUCCACAGCGUCCAUGUAUAUAGUGUGCAAAAAGCCAGUCUCAAGGAUUCUAAUUCACUCUACUUAGCAGACUAUGACUGCGUUAAAGAAAAUCUAUUUGAUGUUCACAAGUAUAGUUCGAUUAAGUAUGGUAAAGCCAAGCCAACUUCAGAUGUAAAGAGACCACAAGCAAAGCCAGUGAAGGAAGAACCAAAAGUGACUCAGAUCAAUAGCUCCACAACUAAUGGUCACCCAACAGCUUCAAAGACCAAAAAAGACCCCAAGAAAGCAGGUAUUGCAGGCAUGUUUGCAAAUGCCUCAAAGAAUACUGAGGAUAAGAAAAUAGAGGACCAUAAACCUGAAACUGAGGGGCCCUCAGUGGGGGCAAAACAGGACAGAAAACCACAGAAGGAUUCAAAGAAGGGAGGUGUAAUGAAUUUCUUUGCCAAUCACACAGGGAAGAAGGGUGCACCAAAAAGUGAAGAAGUCCAGAAAGAGGACAAAAGAAAUGAUGAGAAGAAAAAGGAUUCACCACCAAAACAAAAUGGUAGAGGGAAGAGGUCAAAAAAGACAAGAGAUGCAGAGUCAGAUGAAGAAGAGAGCAAGAAGAAGAGGAGGAGAAUAAGAAUGGACGUGUCUGAUAGCAGUGAAGAAGAGAUGGAUUACGAGAGUCCAGCCCCUAGCCCUGUUCCCAGCCCACCAAGGGAACCCUCCCCUGUCCCUGAUUCUCCUGAGAAAGAGAGUCCUAAAAAGGAGGAAAAUUCUGUGAAACCUGCGCAGAAUGGAGAAAGGCACCGAGUACGGAGGCGGAAGUUGGUCCCGAAAACAUUCAUGGAUGACGACGGUUUCAUGGUGACAGAGAAAGUAUGGGAGAGUGAAUCUACGGAUGCCUCGGACACAGAGCCUCCUCCCCCUGUAAAGGACACGCCCAAAGCUGCCUCCCCACAGAAGAAAAAGGCUUCACCAAAGAAAAAGUCCCCUCCCUCCACAGCAAGUAGGAAACAGAUGUCCAUAUCAUCUUUCUUUGUGAAGAAAUAGACAAAUAUUUGUGCUGUAUGAGGUUAUCAUAGUGCUGUUUUCCCCCUAGUAUUUUCUUGUAAUAUAUUUAUUGACUUCUCUGUGAGAUCUAUGUACAUCUUUAGUAAACUGACAAAUCAA